AUGCCUGGGCUGGCAUUGAGUGCCAAACGACAGACGGCCAGCCUCAAAGUGCCGUGCUUUGGCAUCGGAAUCACCAUGCGAACACGUACCUUUGUUGGGGUCCACCUCGGUCGGAAGCGCUGCCCCCACAUCACAGUGGUGGAGAAGACCAAGUGCAUGCGGCCGGACUGCACGUACGAGCAGGUGGAGCUCCCCGAUCCGAUGUGCCCCACUACCCAGUGGAGCGAUUGGAGUCCAUGCACCUCCACUUGCGGCAAAGGCGUGACCAUUCGCACCCGCUUGUUGCUGCUGGAAAAUGGCCCCGAGAAGGAGAACUGUACUCGUCGCAUGGAACUGCACCAGCAGAAGGAGUGUAUCAAUCCCACCGACUGCCACAUUAACGCAGAGCAGGCCAAGGAGGUCUGUGUCCAGUCUCCGGACACGGGUCCAUGCCGUGGAAACUAUAUGCGAUACGCCUACAAUCCUCAGUGCCAAAGCUGUGACGCUUUCAACUAUGGUGGCUGUCGGGGCAACCGGAACAACUUCCUCACCGAGAACGACUGCCUGCACACCUACAACUCCAUCAGGGGAGCUAAGGUCUCUGGAUAUCUCAAGGAGUGUGUCCUGUCCGAGUGGUCGGGCUGGUCCGCCUGCAGUGUCUCCUGUGGCGCUGGCUUCGCCGAGAGCCGACGACAGGUCAUCAGCGAGGCCCAGAACCGAGGACGUCUUUGUUCCAAGAAGCUGGUCAAGCAUCGUCCCUCCACAAUGCCAUCCUGCUAG